AACAGUAUCCAUUCGAAUGCGGGUGCUCACGGUACGUCAGUCGAACGCAAGUAGUUAAGCUCGGUGGAUGCUACUGCUAGCGUGUGCCUCGGUCCGUGUCUUGUCUCCUUUUUGCUGUCACGAAAGUCACGCUCGAACAAAUCGCACAAGUGUACGCGAAGUGAAGUCUAGUAGGUAAUAGAUAUUAUUCAAAGCUACUACCCUCGCCAGACGCCCAGAGUGUGACUGAUGAUAGUCAUCUGUUCAGUGAUUGCGGAUUGCAUGCACGUGUGCCCGUUGGAUGCGACCAUCAUCAGCGGCGAUGGCUAAUGCGAUGCGUAAAAUCAGUCCGACCAGUAUGUGUGGUUUGCGUACGUUGAGCAUUUUUCGCGCGUGACAGAUGAGCCAGAGAGUGUGUGUGUGGGUGUGAGGAAAACGUGGAGCAAGUAAGCGUCCUGCAGCAGUCCGUGGCUUUAUUGGGCAGAAAAUGUCUUGCAAGAUAAUAUCUUUCUCCCUUAUGCGUUUCGGUUCAGUGAAAGCUGGUGGGUGCGUCUCGUUGUAAACGGGAAGGCUUCUGCGAAGGUGACAUAAUUCGUGGUUAAGCACUGCUUGGCAAAUGUGAAAGUUGUCGUGCGAGGAGAAAGCCAAGAUUUAGAAGAUGUGUACGAGCAGCUGCUGUUCCGGGUGAGGUUGAUAAGACAUAAAACAAUCUUAGUACGAGUGUCGGGUAGAGUUCGUGUGCUUGCGUGUGCUCUUCUAGAGAUGAUAUUGUGCAACUAAGGAAGAUGAUGCUCGACUGAAGGAAAUAAUUGAAGUGAGCAUUUGCGAGGCAAGCAUAAUCACCAGCAAAACAGUCGCGAGAAUUGUUUCACUCUCGUGUGCAUCGCAUCGGAGAACGAUUGGAGAAGCUGUUGAGCACGGCGUGCGGUGGCGCAUACCUAAAAGUCAGACAACGGGCGGGAUAUACCAAUAAUGUUGCCGCUGUAAUGGAUCUGAAGGCUGGCAAACAUCUAGUAGCACCAGCGAUAAACAAUAUCAGUUGCAACCACAAUCGGUUCGCCGGUCACUUCUUCCACCAGAUAGGUCCGUUCGAUGUGAUACAAGCGCUGUUCAUCGUGCUGCUAACGUUUCUAAUAAUCAGUGCGAAUCUGAUGGUGAUACUGGUGAUCAACAGCCGCCGCUAUGCUGCCUACAUCCAUCCACAGCCGCGCUACCUGCUGACGUCGCUGGCGCUCAACGAUCUGGCCAUCGGGCUGCUGAUCGUACCGUUCAGUGCCCUACCUGCCUUACUACACUGUUGGCCUUACGGGGAAAUUUUCUGCCAAAUUCAGGCACUACUACGAGGAGCUUUAUCACAACAAAGUGCUGUUAUAUUGGUGUGCAUGGCAGUUGACCGUUAUCUGUGCGUGCUACAUCCACGGAUAUAUCAUAAGCGAUCCAGUAAAAAGGGCUGUGUUGCGGUUUUAAGCGUUACGUGGAUAUUAUGUUUAACCUGCUUCGGUAUGCUGGUUCUUCCCAAAGGUUAUUACUUCAACAAAACGGGCCUGUUGGCAUGCGAGCCGUUCUACAGUAAAUCAUCCUACCGGAUCCUGUCCAGCUGUGCGCUCUACUUUCCCACCACCAUGGUACUGAUGUACUGCUACGGCUCAAGUUUCCACGCGAAUCGAUACCGUCUGGCGACACCGAGUGCCGCAUCCCUGUCGCUGAACGUGUCGAACAACUGCGGGAACGGCAGCACUGGCCACGGGCCGAACGCUGCCGGCGCGUCCGGGAUGGACGGGAUCGGUGGCCGCCGGGACGGGGACCACAUCGAGACGCUAGCCGGGACGACGCUGACGGCUAAUGGUUCCGGUCUGGAGCACCACUCCUGCGACGGGAACACGCUAACGGGCAUCACCGCCAUAACGCCGAUGUCGGUCUCCUUCUCCGAGAAGUCCCAGUUUCCAGUGAAGGACGACCGGCAGAUACAUGGUUCGACGUCGCGAACUAUGGCAGCAAUAUCAUUAGGUUUUAUAGUCAUAAUCACCCCCUGGACGAUACUGGAGAUAGUGGCCACGUGCACCGGUUCGAAGAUACCACCACCAAUUGAUUUCUUUGUCACUUGGCUAGCUUUAAGUAGUAGUUUUUGGAACCCUUUUCUCUACUGGCUGUUGAACGCGCGAUUUCGAAAGAUUUGCAAAGAGCUCUUGACGUCAAAGUGUACCGGAAGUCAAAGUUCGUUGGAGGAAAAAUGUAGCAUAAGUCUAGAGUAUGACCAUCAUCUAACAUCACUGCCAUUACCACCGGGUCCACCGCCGGCUACGAUCUGCCGGUCGGCCAACCACACACCCCGGCCGGACGUCGAGUGUUCGGAAAAGUACUGGGGUGACAUACUCGAGCGUACCUUCAGCACCGGCAGCAUCAAUACGCUGCAUCGCCUCGGCACAACCUCACUGCCGUUCGUUAACCGGGCGGCAGCGGCUGGCCAUGGCGCGACGCAGUACCGGUGCGAGGCUCACCAGCAACACCUGAUGCGGAACGCGAGCAGUACGAGCAUCGGCAAGGACCGUCAUCUGUCAUCGACGGGUAGUGGGCCACACUACGGCGACGGGUCGAAGGAUGGUGCGCCCGACUUUAGUGCGCUGUAUGCGCCCGGGUCCGAUCCGCAGGUAUGUGAUCACGAGCUGCACGACAUCAACUGUGCCAAGAACAAGGCAUUCUUCCGAGGUUUCAACCUACACCAGGGACUGCCGGAUAUCUAGUAUUAUGGGAGCUCGUGGUUAAGCUGUUUGCUGGCGUUAAGGAGAUCGGAGCACCGGAUGGGAUUACUUUCACGGAAGCGUGGCGUACAGUUUUGAGUAUCUAAACAGUUCUUUGUUUUGGUUUUUCGUGAGAUCAAACCAGGGAUCAAAUUACUCUUCUUUGUUACUGUAUGGAAAUUUAUAUUUAAAUAGCUUGGCAGCGGAGAUGAUUCGUAUAUCAUUUCUUGAGCACUUGCAAGCAUGGUCGAUAUACAUGAAAGCAGGAUCCUAGGAAACAAGUAUAGAAAAUAUUGUUUUCUUAAGAAUAAUAUUCUUUUGUUAAAUAAAAUUUUAUUAUAUUUAAUUAAUGUCUUUUUUUUGUAAUUUAAAUGACGAUAGCGAAGGAACGUCUUUUAGCAGAAGUCGGGAAAUGCGCUCGCAAACAGGUACUAGCACGUGUAUGAAGUGUUUCAAAGCGGUAAGCGGCAGCGGAGCAAACCGAUCGGACAGGUGUAUAAGUGUAUAAGAUUACCAUGUAAGAAAACCAACCUUUCUGGCACACAAACUGAACGUCUCUAGACUAGUCGUAGCAAAAGAAAGAAAAACCAAAAACCCCCCAAAGCUAGACCGGUAGACCUAGUUGGUAACAGUCAAAUGCGUUAAACAGAAAUAAAAACCGAAAGCGAGUUUUUUUACGAGAUGA